AUGGUUCUAGCAGAACGAACAACGGAAGGAGGCGUGCGGAACGGUAAGCGAUCGCGCGGCCCAAGCCCUAACGGUCAUGCGGGUACCGGGGUGGUCACCACUUCCGGGGCUGGCGGUGCCGCUACUGAUUCCAGCUCGGACGACGAAAACUCUCGCAAAAAUGGCAACACUUCGAAGGCAGCCAAAGCCAAAAGCGAAUAUGAAGAGAAAAUUCGUGUGGGCCGUGACUAUCAGGCCGUGUGCCCGGAGCUUAUUGCUCCGAAUGAACGUAAACCGGAACAGUUGAACGAUCGAGCGCUGCUAGUGUGGUCACCGACAAAGGAAAUUCCGGACAGCAAAUUGGAAGACUACAUCACCGUUGCUAAAGAGAAGUACGGUUACAAUGGCGAACAGGCGCUCGGGAUGCUGUUCUGGCACAAGCAUGAUUUGGAACGUGCGGUACUAGAUCUGGCCAACUUCACGCCCUUCCCGGAUGAGUGGUCCGCCGAGGAUCGGGUGUUGUUCGAGCAAGCCUUUCAGUUCCAUGGGAAAAGUUUCCAUCGGAUCCGACAGAUGCUUCCCGAUAAAUCGAUUGCAAGUUUAGUGAAAUUUUACUACUCAUGGAAAAAGACGCGCAGCAGAACGAGUGUGAUGGAUAGACAGGAAAAAAUGAAGAAGAAUGACAGCUCGGAGAACGGAAGUGACCACGGAAGCAACGAAGAGUCGGACAAUGAAGACAAGUCUACGACGAACAGCACGACCGCUGGAUCGAACAGUGCCGGCGCUGGGAUUAGCAACCCGAACGUUCCGAAUAAUGGGUCCAGUGGUAGUAGCAAAAACAAUGAAGCCGAGAACGAAAGCAAUGGCAGCUCCGGUGGUGGGGCUACCAACGAGGGUUCACUGAAUUGCACCGGAUGUGGGGUGACAUGCAGCGAGGUGCAUGCGUCAUCUCAAGGAAAGCUCUGUGGCAGUUGCUACCAUCACUGGAGACGCACCGGUGUUCUGCGCCCAACUACCGGCCCUUCGUUUAUGAACAAACGUACACGAGGUUCGAACAUCCUGGGCAAAAGUGGCGACAGUCACAAGCGCCGUCCGCCCAAAGGGAUGUACAUUAACCAUGACGACAUUGUGAAGUUAGCCAGUACUGCCCAGAACGGUGACGGCGGUAUCGUGGGCAAUGAUGGCAGUUACAAGAAAAGCAGCCAGAAUAACGACUUGUUAGCCAGCAUGGAUCGGGAAAUCGUUUCAUUACUGACCCAAAUUCAGAACAACAAACAAAAGGCCAGUGGAUUCAAGCGCAAUAUAGACGAUCAGUUGGAGAUACUGAAACCACCGGAAGUGAGUUCUGUCCGCUUGAACUCCCGUUGGAACAACGAUGAGCUAAUGCUAGCGGUGCAAGGUGUACGUAUGUAUGGGCGUGAUUUCCAGGCGAUUGCAGAUACGCUCGGUUCAAAAACUGAAACGCAAGUGCGCACUUUUUUCAUGAAUUAUCGGCGCCGGUUUAAUCUCGAUGCCGUACUGAAGGAAUUUGAGGCCGCCAACUCGAAACAAACGCAAGAAGAAAUGGACAGUAGUAACCGAUCUAGUACCGGUAAAGAAUCAAUUGAUCUUUCAAAAGCCUCAGCUGAGAUGGCAUCGGAGUCCGGUACUGGUGGAGGUACUGCAGCAAUUGCCGGGGACAUCGAAGGUAUCGAAGCACACAAAAUCGAUCGUUCAAAUGAAAAGGAAAAACAGGAACCUUCUGCGGCAGGAGAUGUUGAGAUAAUGGAGGUCAAAUGA